AUCAUCAUUUAAGUAGUGUACUUUAAUUACCAUAAUUACUAGGUAGCUGGAGACUUGUAUAAGCGACCAAUUAGAUGAUGCAACACGUGGAAAUCACCAUGGGAACCCGAUGAAGUUUAAUCAAUUAUUUCAGUUCUUUUAAUUGUCUUACAUUCUGCGUAUAUUUUAACAUCAAAAUGCCUCCGAAAAAGGGCAAGGGAAAAGGAAAAACUGCGAUUGUUAUCGAUGGGGUGGAUACGUCGUCGAUGAGCAGGGAGCAGCUGGAAGUGUUCGCUCUUCGGCUGAAGGAAGAAAACGAGAGGGAACGAGAGGAGAGAAACUUCUUUCAGUUGGAAAGGGAUAAGCUGAGGACUUUCUGG